UUCAUGACUAUCCACUGUUAUAAAGUAUAUUUGUUUUAAUGGCAUCUUUCACUUAACUUUAUUAAGACUUACUUCAGAAAUCGGCGGUGUUUCACUUGAAGAUGGACGUACAGUUCAAAAUGUCCGCGUGCAGGUCAAAGUAAAACCCGCCGAUGUGACCUUCCUAUGACCCGUACACGCGGCGAGGGGUUUGGAAAACAGCGGGUGGAAGGAUGCGACACGAUCACGUGGCUACCAAAUCGAGAGCGGCUGAAGAAAAAAAGCGCGAUGGACGCGUCCGUUUAGGAUCGAAUUACACGCUUCCCAUCCCAAAGUCUCACUUCCCUAUCGGGGCCGUUCAAAUGCCCAAAGCCCUUGCACGCUGGGAUAUUCCGAUAAAGAUUGGGAAAGGAAAACAAAACUGACAGGAUCUAGAGAAGGGAUAAGAAACAGACUGAAGAGGAGAAGUGUCGACAUGUACCACUAGCCAUCACCAUGCCUUUCUCGGUUGUUCCAAGUUUGGCAAUGUUCAAACAGCCUCUUCUUGUCCUUGUCAACAUGUCUGUUCCUUACUUCUUGCCUAUGCUGCUACAGCUAGCGGCAACAGAAACAAGAUGCUAUUUAGAAAGUCAAGAGAAGUUAAUGUGUAAAUUUCCACAAGAUGUUAACAAGACACAUCUUGAUUUCGCUGUCUAUUUCUAUUCCAAAAAUGGUGGAGAAGAAAAGCUGGUGGAUUGUGGAUGGAUCGAUUUGAACUUUCACUGUAUCAGACAGGAGGGUUUUGAGUGCCAGACACCGGUGUCUGACACGGUUGUGGUCAGUAUGCCUAGCAGCUUUGCAGACAAAAAAGGAUCUUACAAAUGCAUACCUCAUGGGGAUGGUCACGACACAGCCAGGCAAUGCCGGUAUCCUAUGGCGGAAGAUGAGGGAAAGUUUGCGGCUUGUGAGGCAAACACUGCAUUACACAGUCUUUCCGUGGCUGUGAUUUGUACUUUUUCCUUCCAAGUUGACAGUUUCAAAGUCCUUCGGAAUAAUAAUGCGGUGGCUGAGUACACCAAAUCGUCGUGUCACCAUUCGUGUCAUUACAUGCCCUCCAAUAAUACAGAUGUGUUUUCUAUAAGUUUGAAUGUGUCCACGCACCCUAAUGACGAGUUCAUCUGCCUACCAAGUGCUCCCUUCAUUUCAAUCAAAACAUGCAACAUAACUACAACACUACAAGGUUCCCAUGCGUGUGCCGUUGUUGUGAGUCUACCUGUUGUCGUGUCGCUGGCCCUUCUGUCAACGAUAAUCUAUUUUGGACCACACUUCUACUAGCCUCGUGAUGUUUAGUUACUGGGCAGCAAAACAAUGGAACUCUCAGCCUUUCCAUAUUAACUGUUAUGUUGUAGUCGUUGGUGUGAGGUCGGCCGCACGUCUGUGAUCCUGUCCAUCUUCAUCAUUCUAUCACGUGCUUGAGUGAACGUGGCUGAGGCAAGCCUGAGUACCUGGAAUGUUCGGUGCAAGAGAGCGCAUGCGUGACUAGUAGAUGCUGGAUGUUCCGAAAUGACUUUGCAAUUUGUAUAUAAGCGGUUACAGCAGUUAGAGGGGAAUGAAACAAUAGAGAUAGAGAGAGAUGCUGAAGCUACUGAGUGCGUGAGUCGCUGAGGUCGAGUGUGUGAAGUGAUUGUCGCUGAUUGUUCCCUGGGUGUGUCGCCGAUUUGUCAGCUUGAGUGAAAUUGGACACUGUUUGAUACAAGAAAACUAUGCUUUGUUUGAAUAAUUCGACUGCACAGAUUCAGUUUCUUGGAGAAGUUGGCCCUUGACGUAGGACCCUGCAACGAGCGAUUGACGAUAUAGGCGCCAGAGACUGCAUUGUCAUCCACCACCUGAUCACAAUCUUUUAAAUGUGCUCUCAAACCCACCUCUUCUUUAAACACUACUCCUAACACCAGUCUAAACAAUGUUUGUCCUUUUGCACACCCAACCCCCCUUUGCACCUCUUGCUACUUCUCUGAUCGUCUUCCAUAUGCAAAAUCACGAAACUCUCAGUCCUGUCUAUCUGGCUCCUUAUUUGCGUUUUAUGUAUGUAUUUUUAUUUAUCAUCAGUACUAAUGUUCAUUCUUCCGUAGUUAAUAUGUUUGUUUUUCUAUGCCUUGUAUGUUGCCAACGUCCCAUUCUUGUUCUUAUAUGAAAGAACAACGGAAAUAAUGCAAUUUAUAAUUUUCUACAGUUUGCUACAGGGCUUCCAAAGAGGAUUAGGAAGAUAUCGUUUAUAAAGUUUUAAUGUGUAAUGAUGUCUUUCUGCUGUGUACAUAAAGAAAAGUCCGCAGAUGGAAUAGGGUUUAUUUAUAAGUAAAAGUGAAAAUUAAAUAAACAUGUUGUUGUAUUAAAAAUUACAGACUGCUGCAUUGAAAUAAA